GUUCUUUUAAUGGUUUUCACCUUGGUAUAGCCUCCGCCUGACUACAGUGCCAUCUUAACUCUAUUUUAGGCGUAAGGUUAAUUAGUUUAAUAUUUAUAAAAGUUCUAAUAUAAGUUUAAUCUAAAAGCAACGUUUGUCAGAGGAAGUCUAAUUUUCUAGUGUUAAGCUAAUUUCUUUUCGUGCAUCAAACGAGAAAGAAAAGAAAAAAAUUAACACGCUAAUCUAUAAGUACUAUGAGAAACGUUUAACUUUUGCACAUUAGAUUUUCUAAUGGUUUUUUUUCCAGAUCCGUGUUUCCCAGGUAGUUACACAAGCGGUCAGGAAACAGAAUGUUUUUUGUGCCCAAAAGAUUUCUACAUGGACAAAGAGGCAGCAGACUCAUGUUGGCCCUGCCCUGAAGGAAAGAAGACUUUAGCUGAGGGGGCUAAUUCAUUGGACUUGUGCAUUCAUCCAGAUGGUUCUAAUAAUAAAGGUUGGAUCUUGGCUGCAAUCCUGCUUCUACUUGUUCUAGCUCUAUCAUGGAUCGUUGUAAUCGGCCUUAUUGUUUAUAUCAUACGCUUGAGAAAGAAAAGAUCUCUGAUAAAAGAAAAAUCGCGGAGUAUAGUUAUAAAGAAGAAAAAUAAGAAAAGGGAAACUGAUAUCGAUGAAAGCAGCAGCAAAAGCCUAUCAAAGAAAAGCUCUUUGAAUAAAGGUUCUUCCCAUCAAUUGAUGCACAACCGAACAUUCGAAAGCAAGAAGGAAGAAACAUCACCUGAAACUCAACUUCUUCAUACCCCAGAAGCCGCACCACAUCUUAGAAAAGAACUAAAGAAGAAUGUCUUCGAAAUACGCUCACCAGCUAGAAAGAACUUUUUCUUCAUCAACCGAAGUGGGGAGCCAUUUGUUCAAGAUUUGCUACACUGUAAAAAUACAAAUGGCAGAAAAGAGAUUUUGAAGUCUGGAGCCUUUGAAUAUUCUGUGAUUGAUUCUGAUGAAGCGAGUAGUAAUUCUGAUAACUAUCUAAGUGCAAACGGCGACGAAAGGUUAUCUUAUAUUGAUCAAAAGAAAGGCAGCAAUAUGGGUAAAAAAAUACCGAAAAGUUUAGAACGUAAAGCAAAAAUAAGCGGAAGAAAAGCAAAAUUGAGGAAAAAAGGAUCAACACGAAAGCUUGUCGUUUCAAAUCAUAAUGUAAAUAAUGACUUUAACCAAGAGAAUGGAUUGUUUCCGCCAGAGCUGAAAUCAGUAUCUUCGAGAAAUUCGCAAUCCGAUGCCAGAAAAAUAAGUACUUCAGAAAGUAGAAUAGAAGAAAGUGAUAAGCCACCUAGUUCUGAAAAGAUUUCAAGAAAUUCUUUAGAAAAACAACCAAUCCAAGUAACUUUGACGCCAGCUACAGCCGAGUUAAAAUCAGAAAAUCACAUAAUAAUUCCAAAUCACCAAUCAUCAAAAGUAUAUGAAUCAACAGUUUCCAUACCUCUCACAGAACCGAAGAGUUCUUCCCAGAAAUCUUUGAAAUUCACAUCAUCGCAUUCACUUUAUGUUCCAGCAUUUAACGAUCACCAACUCAUAGAUUUUAAUCCUGAUUCACCAAACGGAACUUCUGCAUCUACUACUCAAACAGGCAUCACCUCCCUUAGAAGUAGAAGAGAGAAAAAUAGCUUCUUUUCAAGUUCAAGCUUAAAAGAAAUUAAGAUUAGUAUCGAUCCUGAUACAGACUCUGAUACUAAAAACGUCCGGAGCUCACGUGUGUCUAAGCAUUCCGUUUUUGAUGAAAUUCAACAGUUGAACAAAGAAAUUAAGAAUAGCAUGGAACCUAACUUAGACAAGGAUCCCGAAAAUGUAGGGGAUUUCUACUCCUCACAACAUUCUAUUUUUGAUGAAAUUCAACAGUUUACGAACGUAUGUCCUUUUAAUGAUUUUAAAAAUGAACCUAAUGUUUGUCCUUUACAUGGUCGUUUGAAUAGCAUUAGAUCCAGUCCUAUACAUGUUGAUAUUAAUCUGCAGUUUGUAACGUAAUUCAUUAUGUAUUUUUAGCAAGGUAAAAUGGAUGUUUAUGUUGCAAUCAUUACAA